UUCAUGCCAAACCGUAUUUCCUCUCCCUCCUCUUUAAAUGCCCCCACCUCCGCCUUUAUAGAGGAACGGAAAAGAACGCGAAAAGUCGUUGAAUUGCUCGUUUAACGCCCCGGGAGCAGGAGAUUCUUCGACGCCGGCGCUCUGUAAAUAACAAGAAAAAUUAAAUAAAAAUAAUCAAUAAUCAAAAUACUUCUUCAUUGUUGGAGUAAGGGGAGGUAGAGGAAAGGAUGGAUGGGUUGUGCUUGAAAACGGGAAUCCACGGAACGGCGUCCACGAUACCGGUGGGUGGGACAAUUGAUUUAAGGACAAAGGCGACUCGGAUAAGUGCAGUGGGGAGGUGGAAGACCGACAAAUCUACGGUGGCGGCACCUCCUCAGAAGACGGCAUCGUCGAGGUUCUCAUUUCGGUAUCCGCUUAAAUCACUGUGGCCAGGAGGAGGCAGAGAAGAUAGUAAGAGGUACAACGGCAUGGCCCUAGACGACGCCGUGUUAAUAGAGGAAAAGGUGUCGACAAGUGCUGUGGAGAAGAGUGGGGAGGAUGGGAACUGGGUGUUGAAGAUUUUGCAUGUGAGGUCCCUGUGGGAGAGCAAGGAACAGGGUGAUAUUGGAGCUGGUGAUCUUGUUGAUGAUAUGAAGAAAGACGGCGGAGUUGGCGGCGAUCAUGUGGAGCAGGAGGAGGAAGAGGACGACUGUGAUGUUUGCAGAGUUGAUGGUGGAGACGAUGGUGAAUACAAGGAGAUCGAAUUCGAUAGGGAUUCGUUUUCAAGGUUGCUGAGGAGGGUUUCGUUGGCGGAGGCAAAGCUUUAUGAGCAAAUAUCGUAUCUGGGAAGCCUGGCUUACUCCAUAUCCAAAAUCAAGCCUGAAAAUCUUCUCAAGCGUCGUGGUUUGCAUUUGGUAACUUCAUCGGUAGAGAGGAGAAAAUUGGCAAUGAAAACUGAGAAAAUUGAGUUGUCAGUUGAAAGUCAAGAACCAGAAAGGAACCCGAAUGAUGAGGAAGAAAGCAAGGAGCAGAAGAGUGAGGGCUAUAGUAUUAGUGCCUCUGCUGCUUAUCAGAUAGCUGCCUCUGCUGCUUCCUAUCUUCAUUCUCAUACAAAGAGCAUCCUUCCAUUCAAACCUUCAAAACCUGGGGCCAGUGAAAAAUCUCCUGCAGGAGGUAGCAGAAGUGGUGAUGGCAUUAGUAUGAUGAAAUCAGAUGUUGCUUCUUUAAGGGCAACCACUGAUUCUGUAAUAGCUGUUGUUGCUGUGAAGGAGGAAUUGAAACAAGCUGUUGCAGAUGAUUUGAAGUCAACGCGAUCUUCGCCCUGUGAGUGGUUCAUAUGUGAUGAUCUUGAGACUUGUACAAGAUUCUUCGUGAUUCAGGGGUCUGAGACACUGGCAUCCUGGCAAGCAAAUCUACUUCUUGAACCAAUUCCAUUUGAGGGAUUGGAUGUACUAGUCCAUAGAGGGAUUUAUAAUGCUGCAAAAGGAAUCUAUGAGCAGAUGUUGCCUGAAGUUCAAGCCCAUCUGAAACUUUGUGGCAGGCAUGCAACUUUUCGUUUCACCGGGCAUUCUCUUGGCGGAAGCUUGUCACUGCUUGUGAAUCUCAUGUUGCUAAUACGGGGUGAAGUACCAGCUUUAGCAUUUCUUCCUGUAAUUACAUUUGGUGCUCCGUCCAUUAUGUGUGGAGGUGACCGUCUUCUUCGCAAACUUGGGCUGCCCAGGAGUCAUGUUCGUGCAAUCACAAUGCACAGAGAUAUAGUGCCUCGGGCUUUCUCUUGCAAUUACCCGAAUCAUGUUGCUGAAAUUUUGAAGGCUGUGAACGGAAACUUCCGUAAUCAUCCUUGUCUCAAUAAUCAAAAACUUCUCUAUGCCCCAAUGGGAGAACUUCUGAUUCUACAACCAGAUGAGAAAUUCUCGCCAGGCCAUGAUCUCCUUCCUUCUGGCAGCGGCCUAUAUUUUCUUAGUUGCCCGUUGUCUGACAGCACCGAUGCCGAGAAACAGCUCCAGGCUGCACAAAUGAUCUUCUUGAACUCACCGCACCCGCUUGAGAUCCUAAGUGAUCGAUCUGCAUAUGGUUCUGAAGGCUGCAUUCAAAGAGACCACGACAUGAGCUCUUACUUAAAAUCUGUUCGGAAUGUGAUUCGACAAGAAAUAAACCGCAUCAGGAAGGCCAAAAGAGAGCAUCGCCAUAAGGCUUGGUGGCCACUUGUUGCACCACGUGGGAUAAAUGCCGCUAUCAUUGUGGGAAGACAUUUGGCAUCAAUUAGUGUAGGAAAAGAACAACUCACAUUCUCUGGCAUCUUGCAGACUGGAAAACAGUCGUUGAAACGGUUUAGUAGGCUCAUUGCAUCUCAGCACAUGCAUUUGUUUGUGGUUCUCUUGCUCCCUAUACGGUUGUUACUUCUCGGGGCAUACAGUGUGUUCAAUUUCAGUUGACUUUCAAAUGUGACAGGAUCAUUGUCACUUAUGGAUAUAAUACUGUACAGAGUGGAAGCACAUGGCAGGUAACAUUGAUAGAUGAUUCUUUAUUCCUUCGUUUGAGAAAUGCAUUCCAAUCUCUUGUUUCUUUUGUCUCAAAAACUACACAUAUUUCAAUAGAUAUGCAACAUCACAACCCAUGCCUUGGCCCA